CGUCGGUAAAUGCAGUCGUGAGCCUCGGAGCGGUGUCUGAUACUUUUAUUUAUAGUUUUUAAUCGAAUAAAGUCGUGUGACGUUCGUGUCGAACCAGUGUCAAACCGGGAUUUUAUAAAUAUGAGUAUUGCUGACCUGAUCCAAGCUGCUGAAUACAUCGAAAGGCGAGAAAGAGUUUUUUUCGUUGCAGAGUCGGAGCACGGGUACGCGUCGAGUUUGCCGGCGUACGAGGAGACGCGUGCUGGAGGAAGGCGGCCGAAGACGAAGAAAUCCCAGGGCAGCAGGACCACUCAUAACGAGUUGGAAAAGAACAGAAGAGCACACCUCAGAAGCUGCUUGGAGAAGCUCAAGGACAUGGUACCCCUAGGCCCCGAAGCGUCACGACACACCACAUUAGGAUUAUUAACAAAAGCCAAAAGGUUUAUAAAGAGCCUGGAGGAGCGGGAAAAGAGGCAUUCAGGUCACAAAGAGCAGCUAGCGCGUGAGCAACGGUACCUGCGGCGGCGACUGGCGCAGCUGAGGGCGAGCCGGGACGUGUCUCGCUCCCUCUCCGAGAGUUCCAUGCCGCACGCACACGCCACGCGGGCGGACUCCCUCUCGUCGUUGGAGUCGUCGUCGGGCGUGUCCACGGCCGAGCGGUCGCCCUCAUCCGUGUCUGAAAGCGAUGAAGUGGACGUGAUCGGCUACACGUCAAACCAGAGCGACAGUGAGUCGCUAGUGUCAGGCCACAGCGGCGACAGCGGGGUGGGAGUGGCACGCGGUAGGUCGCGGUAUUCUAGCAAGCCUACCCGCGCGCGGUAUACUAGAGUCUAGGUGAGAGGUGCGCGGCGCGCGACUAUCUUCGUAUAAAACAAAACAAUCGUAGGACAUUUUGUUGGUACAUGUACCGAGGCGAAAGUUGUUCGUGAGUGACUCGCCGACAGCGCCCGCGCCGCAGUGACACCGCACUCACACACACACGCAAAAACACAGACACACACUCCGCGACCAUUACCGAGUACAAAAUUGCCAAAAAAAAAAAAAGAAUU